AUGCGAAGAGAGAGAGACUAUUCGCCCCCUCCUCGGUAUGGCGGCCGCAGAGACGACCUGCGUUCGUCCUCUCUCGACGGACCGAUGCGCAGAUCGUACGAGCGAGAAGACCGCGGGAAGUUUCUAGGCCGCAGAGACCGAGGCCGAGACAUGUCUUCAGAUAGGUCUCUGUCUCCGAGAAGGCGCCGCGAUGACUUCCGACGCGACGGAUCGCUGGACGAUCGCCCGCCGGGGCGAUAUUCGCCCGGAGACUACUACCGCCGGCGCUACAACGCCGUGAUGGACCGGAAUGAUUCGCCGUAUGGUCGGAGAGAACGCGACGGGAGAGACGAGAACUUCCGAGGUGCGAGAAAUGCGUCGCCUGGAGAGCCCGGCGACGACUACAGAGGCAGACCCCGAGGCGACAAGUACGGAUCCGGCGCUGGAGAACACAGCGGAAAGGGCCGGAGGUACUCGGUCGUUGCCCGGGGAGUCGAUCGAAGCGCGACUCAGGACGACUUGAGGAAAUUUUUCGGCAGAUGCAGUGACGUGAAAGACGUCUACAUUCCCCUCCACUACAAAACCAAACAACCCAGGCAAGUCAACAGAUCUUCAAAUAUCUGUAUUUUCACGCGUACAAGGGGCUUUGCCUUCAUCGAGUUUGAGACGGAGUGGGCCAUGGUGAAGGUCUUGAAGCAGCUGCAAGGCGCAGAGUUCCUCGGCCGGCGACUGAUGCUUGAGGAGGCUGAGGGCGAACCCAGCACGGCGGAAGAAAUGGUGCGUCGCUCAACGUUCUCGCGUGUCUCUGUUAUCGGCGCUCUCAGCGUCGUCGUUUCCAGCAACGCCGCCAGUGGCGCCAGGAGAACGGAGAUUUCGGCGAGUAUCACAGAGGGUAUGGAAGAGGUGGUGGCGGCCCUCCGUACCGACCCGUUCGAAAUGAACGAAGAUAUUCGAGAUCCCCAGAGAGACGCGGAGAUUUUCGAACUCGCGACUGGCUCUGGGGUUGAAGCAGACCAGCAGACGAACCCGGACGAAUCUCGCGUUUUGACUUUACUGGGCUCUCUCGCCCAGCGUUCCUUCUGUGAGUCUUGUUUCAAUGCGUUUUACGCGCAGGAGACGGCUGUUCUGUAG